CGCAAUAAUAGCUGCUAAAAUUUUGUCCUAUUCAAAGAAACAGAGGACAAAACUGGUAGCGCUGGGUUUCACAACACCGAAAAAUGACAAUGAGGGCUAAGAAGGUUUCUUCCCGCUUUGAGGCAGCCAUGAAGCUCAAGUCGGUUCUCUUGGCCAAUAUCCUAUUCGUCGUUUCCACAACAUUGGCAGGCCCUUGCCCGAGGCCAACGUGUGGCUCCGGAGAGCAGCCACCUAUUUGCCCUAGCCAAAGUAGCUCGUGCGGCUGCCGAUGUAGUAACAGCGGGUCCACACAACCUUCGCCACCAAGUGCCGCUCCAUGGCCUCCUACAACGGCACCAUGCGGAUCUGGGACAGGUGCAACGCAGGUCGUGCCACCCACUGUAGGUGUCAACGGAGGCUGCAGUAAGCCGCCAUGCUCUAGUGAAGAAAAAAUGACCUGUUUAGACAAGGCAAUGUUCGGUGGCGGAUGCCACUGUAAAUGCAUAAAAUGGUCGGACAAUUGUACCAUGCCUUGGGGGCCUUACGAAUGCAUGCAUGUAUGCGAGAAUUGCAUGUGCAGAUGUGUUGCCGAGGCGCCAUUUCGCAAACCAGAGAAGCCACCCUGCAAACCAAUUAUCGUCAGGCAGUAAACCGGCUCAAAGCACAGUUCUACGAAGUGUACUGGCAGUGUGCGCCAAGAUAAUAAACAAUUGAUCACUUA